GACGCAAGGUCGGAAGCAGAGGUUCCGGAUUCCGGGUACCGUGAUGAAAGGAGGGAAGACAGGUGAGAAAAGGAGACGGACAGGUGGGGAGCGCCGUGAGGAGGUGGACGUAGCCUUUAGCUCAGCGUGACAGAGGCUGCAGAGAAGACAGCCGGCAGAAAGAGAAGUGGGCUGCCAUGGAAUCGCCAGAAGAGCCCGGCACGUCCAUGGACGAGAACUACUUCGUGAAUUACACCUUCAAGGACCGCUCGCACUCUGGCCGGGUGGCCCAGGGCAUCAUGAAGCUGUGUCUGGAGGAGGAACUCUUCGCUGAUGUCACCAUCUCGGUGGAGGGCCGGGAGUUCCAGCUCCACCGGUUGGUCCUUUCGGCUCAGAGCUGCUUCUUCCGCUCCAUGUUCACGUCCAACCUGAAGGAGGCCCACAACCGUGUGAUCGUACUGCAGGACGUCAGCGAGUCUGUCUUCCAGCUCCUGGUGGAUUAUAUCUACCACGGCACGGUCAAGCUCCGAGCUGAUGAACUGCAGGAGAUCUACGAGGUGUCGGACAUGUAUCAGCUGACGUCUCUCUUUGAGGAGUGUUCUCGCUUCUUGGCACGCACCGUACAGGCAGGGAAUUGCUUGCAGGUGAUGUGGCUGGCGGACAGGCACAGCGACCCUGAGCUCUACACGGCUGCCAAGCACUGCGCCAAGACCCACUUGGCCCAGCUGCAGAGCACCGAGGAAUUUCUCCACUUGCCCCACCACCUGCUCACGGAUAUCAUCUCAGAUGGAGUUCCGUGUUCCCAGAACCCAACAGAAGCAAUAGAAGCCUGGAUCAAUUUUAAUAAAGAAGAAAGAGAGGCUUUUGCAGAGUCACUAAGGACCAGCCUGAAGGAAAUUGGGGAGAAUGUGCAUAUUUACUUGAUUGGGAAAGAGUCCUCGCGUACCCACUCGCUGGCCGUGUCCUUGCACUGUGCGGAAGACGACUCCAUCAGCGUGAGCGGCCAGAACAGCUUGUGUCACCAGAUCACGGCUGCCUGCAAGCAUGGAGGUGACCUGUACGUGGUGGGAGGCUCCAUCCCGCGCCGCAUGUGGAAGUGCAACAAUGCCACAGUCGACUGGGAGUGGUGUGCACCUUUGCCCCGGGACCGGCUGCAGCACACCCUGGUGUCUGUGCCCGGCAAGGAUGCCAUCUACUCCCUGGGUGGAAAGACCCUGCAGGACACCCUCUCCAAUGCAGUCAUCUAUUACAGGGUGGGUGACAAUGUAUGGACAGAGACAACCCAGCUGGAGGUGGCUGUGUCAGGGGCCGCGGGGGCCAACCUCAAUGGGACCAUCUACUUACUGGGCGGGGAGGAGAACGACCUGGACUUCUUUACCAAACCCUCCCGACUCAUCCAGUGCUUCGACACAGAGACAGACCGCUGCUACGUGAAGCCCUACGUGCUGCCCUUCGCAGGCCGCAUGCAUGCCGCUGUGCAUAAGGAUCUGGUGUUCAUCGUGGCCGAGGGGGACUCCCUGGUCUGCUACAAUCCCCUGCUAGACAGCUUCACUCGGCUCUGCCUUCCCGAGGCCUGGAGCUCCGCCCCGGCCCUCUGGAAGAUCGCCAGCUGCAACGGAAGCAUCUAUGUCUUCCGGGACCGCUAUAAGAAGGGGGAUGCCAACACCUACAAGCUUGACCCCGCCACUUCGGCUGUGACUGUCACCAGAGGCAUCAAAGUGCUGCUUACUAACUUGCAAUUUGUGUUGGCCUAGGCUGGGUGGGGGUUGGGGGAGCAGCGUUUUCC